UGUUUAUGUCAAACAUGGUGGCGAAGCACAUGGACCACACGACUGCCCCAAGUGGUCGUGUUGACAGCAGUGUUUUGGAAGUUUUCAAAACUCUGGCUGAGGGAAAUGACCAAGCAAGAUCAUCUGCGACUAAUUUUCUAAUUUCACAUUUACAAACACAACAGAAGAAGCCCGAAAUAUGCAGUGAUUUGAGCUACUCCUUGCAAAGGUUAAUCAAAGGUCUGUCAUCAAAUCGGAAAUGGGCUCGGCUCGGCUUCUCAGUUGCUCUGACUCAGGUCCUGCGAGUGUUUGAAGUGGUCACCGUUCAGUUGGUGUUGGAAGGGAUUGACAAGCACCUGGUGGUCACUCAGCAUGACAGUAAAAAUGAAGCUGGUGCAGUGUACAUGGGCAAGGCCUUCGGCUACCUGGCUCUCAUCCAGUCCGGGAAACUGUUGCAGGGUGAGUCCGGCCAGGUGUCGGAGGUGGUUGAAAAGCUGCGACACAUCUCCACACAGAAGAGCUACCUCCAGCCCAUCUGCUAUCAGGGACUUGUGUGUCUCAUUGCCAAGGUGUCAGGUGAAGUGUUCACAGAGCAGGUGUUUCCGCACCUGGCAGCGGAUCUGACCCAGGGCUGGGACAAGUGCUCCCCCAACACACUCCUCCUUGUCUACUGCGCUGUCAAGUUCCACAAGAAGAGAUUGACCAAGGCUCUGAUGACUGAACACUGGGGGGGCAUGAAGAUAUUUGGGGAGAAGAACUACGCCAACAUGCUACAGGUGUUGCAGAAAUCUGCUGAAAGUCAUCCCGUUAUACACAGUAUUGUUGAUGUCAUGGUAGACGACCUUGCAGCCAGCGGCCGUGACGUCGGCUUCUUCAACCAAAUUGUCUUGAAGCUCCUGGAGGGCAGCCACAGCCACAAGUACCUGGGCCUCCACCUGUACCUCAAGAUGGUGCCCACCAUAACUGACCCAGAACAGCUACGGAAAACCUUAAACCCAGCUAUUAUGAACCUGUUGGUGUUCAACUUGGCCCGGAAAGACAGCAUUGCCCACACCACCUGUCACAGCAUAGUGAGUAGUGUCGUGAAGAGUAGUCAUCAGACGCUGAUCAAGUCCCCGGACUCUGUCACUCUCCAGCUGGAGACUGGUCUUCAGGAGGAGAUUCUGGAGGUUUGGGAUCAAGUGGUGAAAAUAACAGCACAGAUUGAGAAGAAAGUAGGUUGA